CAUUAGAGAUUCGUUUAAUUCAAAUGCUAACUAUGUCGUUGAUAUGCACAUGAUGUAUACAAAAGCGCCGGGUAACCGCUCACAUAUGGAUUACAUCGCCGCUCUGAAGGUCCCACAGCGUUAUGCACAGCUUUACAGAAAACAUCUGUUAGAGAAGGGUGCUUUAGACCAGCAGUACAGUGUAGAAAAACACUCAGAUGGAACAGUGACUCUCCCAGUCUUCCCAUCUGCUCUGUGUCACCUGGAUCCUCUCACACUGCAGGACAGCUCCUGUGAAAUAGUUCAAAUACAGGCUCCUCCGCUGUCAAGAAAAAGCAAAGCGAAGCCUCAUCGAGAGAGAAUGAUUGAGGUCGUGCAGGAACUGGUGGCUAAUAAAGCAGUGAAAUGGAGUAAGGAACUUGAAGAUGACCUUCCCAGUGGAUGGCAACGGCAUGGAGAUCUGCUUCUGUUUGGUGAUGGAUGCUUUUCACAAGAAAUCUGGAAAAAAUUUGGCUCUGAGUUGUGGUUGGCUGUUGCCCAAGUUCUGGGAGUGAAGCGUCUAGCACAAAUAAAACAGAUUUCCCAGGAUGGGUGGCGAACACCAGUGGUAACAAUGCUAUUAGGAGACAACAGCUACGUAACUCACGUUGAUAACCACAUCAGGUAUGAAUUUGAUGUCACCAAGUGCAUGUUCUCCUUCGGAAACAUCACAGAGAAACUGCGAAUAUCCUCCUUUGACUGCACUGGUGAGACAGUGGUUGACCUGUAUGCAGGAAUUGGCUACUUCACCCUGCCGUAUCUGGUCCAUGCUGGUGCUGCCCAUGUGCAUGCAUGUGAAUGGAACCCAGAUGCAGUUUCAGCACUGCAAAGGAACUUGCAUAUUAAUAAAGUAGCCCAUCGCUGCACUGUGCAUCAAGGAGACAACAAACAACUGUCCCUGAAUGACCUAGCCGACCGAGUGAAUCUAGGCCUGAUACCAAGCUCUGAAGAGGGCUGGCCUGUGGCAUGCCAUGUCCUGCGGAGAGACACUGGUGGAAUCUUGCAUAUCCACAGCAACGUCACCACACCAAUUCAGCAUCAGAGUCUUCAGCCAUCCUCCAAUUCACUGAAUGAGGAAGAGAGAUCUGUAAAUGGAACUGUAAAAAUUUCUAGAGACAGAGAAGUGUGGCACAACUGGGCCAAAAACACAGCGGGCCACAUCGUCAAACUUCUGAGAGACAUCACCAGAGCUGAGUGGAGGACCAGCAUUAAGCAUAUAGAGCAUGUGAAGUCCUAUGCACCGCACAUAAAUCAUAUAGUAUUGGAUCUGGAGUGUAGACCAGUCAAAUAAGUUGACUGACAGACUUUUUGUAUGCGGCUUUUUUUUUUUUAAUGAAACAGAAUAAAAUGUUCAGACUUUGCUUGGACCAUGUACAUCAGAAUGAAAGUUAGUCACCAAUAAUAAUAAACAAAUCAUUACUGUG